AUGCUCACCUCGAUCCGGCGGAUCGCCAAGGAGUCGCCGACGCUGCAGCACACCGAGACGUGGUUCGAGACGCUGGUCUCCGGCCGCGAGUAUCUUCCGACUCGGAUGUGGUGGGCGUACGACCGUUGGUGGGAGGCGCGCAAGCUCUGGGGACAGAUCGUCAACUCGACGCGCAACGUCGCCUCGAAUGCCGCCGUCUUCAUGACCGAUCUCGAGCGGAAGCGGCGCGUCAUCAAGGCGACGAUCUGCUUUGCGUGGUGCACAAAGGCGUCGCUGCGUGGCGUGCGGCCAACCUCGGACGAGAUCGCCGAGCUCGCCUCGGAAGAGAUGCUCACGGCGAUGGUGACUCCGUACGUGGUGCCGCUCGGGAGGAGGCCGACGUUGCACCUCGAGCCGAGCGAGUACGAGAAGGCGCUCCUCGAGCAGGGCGAGCCGUACGACCACCUCCCGAUGAUGAUGGCGGGCGUGCGGGACGAGCUAGACGAGACGGUGGGUGCAAAGGGCUCCGCCGCCGAGGUGCACGAGGGGUGGAAGAUUGUGAUUGGCAACGACAUCAAGUCGCUCGUCGACGCGCUCGGCGGUUGCGAGCGCAUCCAGAAGACGCCGAUGCCGUUUGGCUACCUGGCGCAGCAGCGCAUCUUUAUGCUCAUCUGGCUUUGCAGGUGGGCGAGCAUCGCCGUCUGCGCCGUCGUCUCCUUCAUCAUGCUCAAGGUGGACAACAUCGGAAUCGAGAUCGAGCACCCCUUUGGCACCGGCAGGCGCGCGCUUCUCUCCCGCCGCCGCGCGCUCCUCUCCCAGCGCUUCUCUCCCGCCGCCGGGCGCUUCGCGGCGCUGCGCCCCUUGCCCACACACCCGCUAGAGGCGCGCGGCGCAGAGCACGACCUGCCGCUCGAGGCCAUCUGCAUCACCAUCGAGAAGAACCUGCUCGAGAUCCUCCGCCGCGCGGAGUCGCGAGAGCUGCGGCCGGAGGUGGAGAGAUAG